AUGCCACCACAUAGAGAAGAUGAGGAUGAAUAUAGUGAUGAAUAUCAAUCUGAUGAAAAUAAUAAUAUGGUAGAUGAUGAUGAAGAAGAAGAUGGAAUUAUUAGAUUUGCUUUUCAAAAAGAUGGACAAUCAUCGGGACAAUUAAAAGAAAUUCAUAUUGUCACUCCAGGAGAAAUGAUUGUAGAAAAUGGUAGUAAUGUAUUGUGUGGACAUGGAACAUAUAGAAAUGAAAAGAAUCAAUUAAUUAGUAGUGUUUGUGGUGUAGUUGAACAAGUAAACAAAUUAAUAUCAGUUAGACCUGUUCGUGCUAGAUAUCAUGCUGAAGUUGGUGAUGUAAUUGUUGGUAGAAUUUCAAAGUUAGCAGGUAAAAAGUGGAAAGUUGAUGUUCAAGCAAGACAAGAUGCAAUGUUAGAUUUAAAUUCUGUAAAUAUUCCAGGUGGUCAAAGAAGAAAAACCUAUGAAGAUCAAUUAAAUAUGAGAAGUAUUUAUCAAGAAGAUGAUUUAAUUACAGCUGAAGUACAUAGAACUGAUGGAUCAUCAUUACAAUUACAAACUAGAAGUUCUAGAUAUGGUAAAUUAGUUAAUGGUAUAAUGAUUAGAGUACAUCCAUCUCUAGUUAAAAGAUGUACACAACAUUUUCAUAUAUUCCCAUUUGGUGUUAGAGUUAUUUUAGGUAAAAAUGGUUAUUUAUGGAUUUCAUCUUCUGGGAAAUCAGAUGGAGAUGGUAUGGAUACAUCUUCAGAUUCUAAAAAAUCAUCAACAAAUUUAGAUGAUUUAUUAGCUGCAGCUGAAGGUGAUGAAGAAGAAGUUACGAGACCAAUUUCAAAAUUAUCAACAAAACCAGGUAAUCCUUUUGAAUCAAAUAGUUUUAUUGCAUCAGGUGAAACAAUAGAUCAAAUUUCUAUUAAGGAAAGAGAAGCUAUUUGUAGAACUAGAAAUGCAAUCAUGGCUUUACAAUAUCAAUUCCUUCCAAUUUAUCCAGAAACUAUUCUUGAUGUUUAUGAAAGUUCUAUUCAAAUACCUGUUAAGGAAAUGCUUUCAAGAGAUAAGAUACCUCUCAUUACGCAAAAUAGUAUUGUUAGAGUUCAAAAACAACUUUUAGCUAAUGAAAAACUUUUUUAA